AUGUCGCAAUCGGAGGUCAAGCGCAAACGCGCGCGAAUGGCAUGCGAGCCAUGCCGAGAACGCAAAAGAAAAUGCGAUGGUGAUGAGCCUUGCAGUACCUGCCGCGAAUGGGCCUAUGAUUGCUACUACGAUCGUCAGCCCCGACGAAGGCGCACCACCCAACACCGAGAGACUCCUACAGAGGUCGCUCCAGGGCCAAGCUCCCCGUAUAAGAGCCCGGCCGAUGGGAAUGGACUAGUCCGCCGUCUGGAGGCUAAUUCCGGGGCUGCGUUUGUGCGCAAGAUGGGCCUGAAGAUCGACCCUGCUAAAGCUCCCAAAUUGAGUCUUUUCGGCUGGAACAUUGGCAAACGAAAUCUUUCCUCGCAGCUCGAAAGCGUUGGUUCGGCACUCACGAUCACUGAGAUCACGUCUCUGGAACACAUGAAAAGUUUGGCCCAGGUCUACUUUGAGAAGGUGCACCCUUGUUAUGGAUUCAUCAACCGCUCUCGAUUUUUCGAGCGACUAACCGCUCGAUGGAAGUCAUCCUUUACGAAUGAGCUAUAUGACAGUGUGAUCGGUGGUGUUACCGCAAUAGGAUGUUUGUUCUCCCAACGCAACAUGACUAUGACCGAAAUGCACCUGGUCGCGUCAGCGUGCUCCACGCUAGAACGGCAAGUCUUGUCAGGUACGCCUCCAGUAGAUCUCCUAACUGGAUGGACACUGCGGGUCAUAUACAUGCGGAUCACAGACCUGCCCCAUGCCACGUGGAUGGAAAGUUCAAAAUUGAUGCACCUCAUCGAGGCCGCGGGAUUCCAUCGAGAAUCAGCGGAUUCUGUGUUUCCACGCAGCUGCACCACAAGCUGCGACCCGGAUAUUAGAAGAAGAUUGUUCGGGGUGGCCCAGCAUCUCAAUAUGUGGACUUCUUACGAUCUUGGUCUAUCCAGGGUAUCUUUCCAAAAGGAUGACCUGCCACUGCCCCCGUCAGUUCAGCCGGGGGACUUCACCCACGAGGUGCUGGGCCUCUUGCCUGUAUCUGCAAGCCUGGACCCAGGAAACUCGAAGGAAAACGAAGUAGAUCUGGAAGCGACACUAUCCAACACGCUCAAUGGGUAUCACGUCGAGGCUCCCUCGAUCAUGGCACAGUGCAAUCUUGUUCUUUGCAUACUCAGACGGAUCCACACUCAAAGUCUAGAUAUACCCUCUCAUCUUGCGGACAGGGUUUUAAUCUUACUGAAAAAGGCUCUGGAUUGCGCACGCACCAUGGUGUUGGGCUAUAGUCCCUGGCAUCAGAUGGCAAAUGUCCCAUUUCAAAUCACCUGUGUUCUGCUUGUCAUGGACACAAGGCCAUCACUGUCAAUGCUUCCUGAAGCAAUGCAGACAUUGAAACUUGUUGCAUCCACAUACGACACAGACAGCAUGCGAGAAGCCUGGAGUGCUGCCCGUUUGCUCGUGAUGCUUCACCAACAGCGCCGAAAAGACGACAUAGCUAUAUUUAACCAAUCCCUCGAUCUGGGACUGCAAGAGCCUCCCUUGGGACCGUCCCCACAAGAUAUUCCUAGUGCUGAGGAGUACUCUUGGUUGGGUGCCCUUGUUGCCGACCUUCCUGGGUUGCAAAAAGUAGACCUUGAUCAAUUUCUCAAUGCGGAUAUGAUGGAUGGUCCAGAUUUUAUAGAUGGAUGA